UGCGACAGAAGCAUGCCGUAGCGUGCAGUCGGUCGUGUCGGGUUGUGUGUGGCGCACGGACAUCGUGUAGCACCGUGUGUAGCGGCCUUGUGCCAGUCAGAAAAGCGGACUCGAACCGCGCGGUCGCGCGGCGCGUCGGUGCUUGUAGUUUUUUAGUUUUGACAGUUGGCGGGUUUUUCGUUUCUGUUCAACCUAGAUAUUAAUUGUGAAAAUCAUAGAUUUUAAGUUAGUGUAAUCUGUGUUUUUUCUACUAACCUUCUAGUGUUCGACUAGUCAUUUGUGAAUCUUCCGCACCGGCUGUGAAUAGUGAUUGCACGCCCUGUGUACUGUCGUCGUGGUUUGAGUGUGGAAUUUUGUGAUUUUCAUUGGGAUAUUGUUUUGUGGAGGUGUUGAUCCUGCUGCCAGGAACGACAAAGGUCGGCACCUGCAACAUAAUAGGGAGCCAUACGCCGCGGCAGAAAGACGGGUGCGACACGCACUCGUGAUCUAGAGGGUUGUCGGGCGUGGUGCGGGCGGCGGCCGCGGUCCCGACACCAUGGCUACCGUGGAGGGGCGGCCGGCGCAGUAUGGCGUCUCACUGCGGCAGCUGCGCGAGCUGAUGGAGACGCGCGGCGCCGAGGGGUUGGCCAAGAUCAACGCGCUCGGCGGGCCGCAGGAGCUAUGCAAGAAACUGUACACAUCGCCCACAGAUGGUCUUAGCGGUUCGAAAGCGGACCUGCAGCAUCGACGCGAGGUGUUUGGUUCGAACCUUAUCCCGCCGAAACCUCCCAAAACCUUCCUCACUUUAGUAUGGGAGGCCCUGCAGGACGUUACCCUGAUCAUUUUAGAAGUGGCUGCCGUUGUAUCAUUAGGAUUGAGUUUCUACAAACCGCCAGAGGACCCGCUCGAUGCCGCACAUUUGGACGAGGAGGAGGGCCACUACCAAUGGAUCGAAGGUCUGGCGAUCUUAAUAUCUGUCAUAGUCGUCGUAAUAGUCACAGCGUUCAACGAUUACACGAAAGAAAGGCAAUUCAGAGGUCUACAAUCCCGGAUAGAGGGCGAACACAAGUUCUCCGUUAUCCGGGGAAGCGAAGUGAAGCAGGUGUCGAUAAGCGAGAUAGUCGUCGGUGACAUAUGCCAGAUCAAGUAUGGGGACUUGCUGCCGGCUGACGGAAUACUGCUGCAGAGCAACGAUCUCAAGAUCGACGAAUCCUCGCUGACAGGCGAGUCGGACCAUGUUAAAAAGGGUGAAAGUUUUGAUCCCAUGGUGCUAUCCGGUACUCACGUUAUGGAAGGUUCUGGCAAAAUGCUAGUGUCAGCCGUAGGUGUGAACUCUCAAGCUGGUAUCAUCUUCACGCUCCUUGGCGCUGCUGUGGAGAACCAGGACAAGCAGAUCAAGCAGAUGAAGAAAGAAGCUAAAAAGCAGCAGAAAAAGGGAACCCAGCGCAAGAGCCUGAGCGGCGACGACGAUGUGACUGUCCCAGCGUCGGGCAACAGUCAUGGGGCCAACCACGCGCGGCCUGACGACAAUCACGUACCCGCGCCCGCAUCCGACAAGCCGGCUCCUGAGGCCUCGCACAAGAAGGAGAAGUCCGUGCUACAAGCCAAACUGACCAAGCUAGCUAUACAGAUCGGUUACGCCGGUUCCACGAUCGCAGUGCUGACCGUCAUCAUAUUGGUGAUCCAAUUCUGCGUGAACACCUUCGUGAUCCAGCAGAAGCCGUGGAAGGCUCUGUACAUCAACAACCUGGUGAAGCAUCUCAUCAUCGGUGUGACUGUGCUCGUGGUGGCGGUCCCGGAAGGCCUGCCGCUCGCUGUCACGCUCUCACUCGCGUAUUCUGUUAAGAAAAUGAUGAAAGACAACAACUUAGUCCGGCAUCUCGACGCUUGCGAGACGAUGGGCAACGCGACCGCCAUCUGCUCAGACAAGACCGGCACACUCACGACAAAUCGCAUGACGGUCGUCCAAUCGUAUAUCUGCGAGAAACUGUGCAAGGUCACGCCGAACUUUAGGGAUAUACCAGCUGAGGUGGGAGAAGCGAUGGUAGAAGGCAUGAGCAUCAACAGUGCGUUUACUUCACGGAUUAUGCCUGGCCUAGACCCAACAGCACCCACUAUGCAAGUGGGCAACAAGACUGAGUGCUCCCUCCUCGGCUUCGUACUAGCUCUCGGACAGAGCUACGACGCCAUCCGCGAGCGUCAGCCCGAGGAGUCUCUGACGCGCGUGUACACCUUCAACUCCGUGCGCAAGAGCAUGUCCACCGUCAUCCCGUACAAGGGCGGCUACCGGCUCUACACUAAGGGCGCCUCCGAGAUCGUGCUCAAGAAAUGUGCAUUCAUAUACGGCCACGAAGGGCGCUUGGAAAAGUUCACGCGCGACAUGCAAGAGAGGCUGGUGCGGCAAGUCAUCGAGCCGAUGGCCUGCGAUGGGCUGAGGACGCUGUCCAUCGCGUUCAGAGACUUCGUGCCGGGGAAGGCGGAGAUUAACCAGGUGCACAUAGACCAAGAGCCAAACUGGGACGACGAAGACAAUAUUGUGAAUAACUUGACCUGCCUGUGCGUUGUUGGUAUCGAGGAUCCUGUCAGACCAGAGGUACCAGAAGCGAUCAGGAAAUGCCAAAAGGCGGGCAUCACCGUCCGAAUGGUGACUGGCGAUAACGUCAACACGGCGCGCUCCAUAGCGGUCAAGUGCGGCAUCCUCAAGCCCACCGACGACUUCCUAAUCCUGGAGGGCAAGGAGUUCAACAGGCGGAUCCGGGAUACCAACGGCGAGGUUCAACAGCAUCUGCUAGACAAAGUAUGGCCGAAGCUGCGCGUGCUAGCGCGGUCGUCGCCCACAGACAAAUACACUCUCGUCAAAGGCAUGAUCGAGUCGAAGGCAUUCGAUACGCGCGAGGUGGUGGCGGUAACUGGAGACGGGACCAACGAUGGGCCGGCGUUGAAGAAGGCCGACGUGGGAUUCGCUAUGGGUAUCGCCGGUACCGACGUGGCCAAAGAAGCGUCCGACAUCAUCCUAACCGACGACAACUUCUCAUCGAUCGUGAAGGCUGUGAUGUGGGGCCGUAACGUUUACGAUUCCAUCGCCAAGUUCCUGCAGUUCCAGCUGACAGUUAACGUCGUGGCUGUGAUCGUGGCCUUCAUUGGCGCUUGCGCGAUACAGGACAGUCCUCUAAAGGCGGUACAAAUGUUAUGGGUGAACCUGAUCAUGGACACAUUAGCCUCGCUGGCUCUAGCAACCGAAAUGCCGACGCCGGACCUGCUGCAGCGCAAGCCUUACGGGCGCACCAAGCCGCUCAUCUCGCGCACCAUGAUGAAGAACAUCCUCGGCCAGGCGCUGUACCAGCUGUUCAUCAUCUUCUCGCUGCUGUUUGUGGGCGACAGACUGCUCAACAUCCCGUCGGGCCGCGGACAGCAGUUGGGCACGGAACCGACGCAGCACUUCACCAUCAUCUUCAACACCUUCGUCAUGAUGACGCUCUUCAACGAGAUCAACGCGCGCAAGAUCCACGGCCAGAGGAACGUUUUCCAGGGACUGUUCACUAAUCCGAUAUUCUACUCUAUAUGGAUCGGCACUGCGCUUUCGCAGGUGGUAAUAGUCCAGUUCGGCGGCAUGGCGUUCAGCACGGCCGGCCUCUCGAUAGACCAGUGGCUGUGGUGCCUGUUCUUUGGCGCUGGCACGCUCGUGUGGGGGCAGCUCGUCACCACGGUGCCCACGCGCAAGAUACCCAAGACACUCACUUGGGGCCGCGGCCAGCCGGACCCCGAGACGAUCCAGCCGGGGCCGGACUACGACGCGGACCUGGACAAGAAGCCGCGCGCCGGCCAGAUCCUGUGGAUCCGGGGCCUCACGAGGCUGCAGACGCAGGUCAUAGGUGGCGAGUUACAAGAGCGCUUGAUACCGGUGCCCUACAGCAAGACGUCAACCGACCAAGCUAUCCGCGUGGUGAACGCCUUCCGGCAGGGGCUGGACUCGCGCGGCUCGCUGGCGGACGCGGCGCUGGCGGAGGCGCUGCGCAAGCAGACGGCGCUCAGCAAGCGCUUCUCGCACUCGUCCAGCAUCGAGUACGCCGACGCCGCGCACACGCUGGCGCCGCAUGACCUCGACGUCGAGCGCCUGUCCUCGCACAGCCACACCGAAACCGCCGUCUAACCCGCGCGCGCCCUCCGACCGAUACGCUGCCAUCUCCCGUAACAACCCAAACGAUCGUGUAUAAAAUCAUAUUUUUAAUGUAAAGGAUGAUCGAGUUUAGUAUUUAUUUCGACGCGUACGGCCGGGGCGCGGGCCCGUGCCGCAUCCACCGGUGUAUUUGAGCAUAAGUUAUUGUUAACUAGUGUGUUUAAUUAUUCGAUUGUUUUGAAAAUAUUUUAUUAUUAUACGCGCGCGUCGUACCGCGCGCGUCUGUUGAACAAAUAAAAAAAUAUUGUCUAAUUAUUAAUUUUAGAUUUAAGCGCAAGGACGAGCGAAUGGGCGUGUGUUUUUUGAAAAAAAAUAAAAUUUUCGCAUACCAUCGUGUCACCUCUUACACGGAAUGAAAUGUUUUAUAUUGCUUUUGUCAAAGACAAGUCGUGGGAGAGGGGGCGAGCGCGGCCGCCUGUAUAGCGUGGUCGCGGCCGCGCCCGCUCCCUGCACACACUAUAUACUAGAACUAAAUUAUUCAAGUAUUAGUUAAGGUGUUUGUUAUAAAUUUCAAUAACUUUUUUUUUGUUUUUACGACCUUUUCCCCUAAAUCUAAGUAUACAUUUAAGUCAUAUCUCGAAGCGUAGACGCAUCAACUGAAAAGUUUCUAUACAAGAACCGUCAAACUGCAUUCUUGUGUAAAAACCGAGGUAGUCCACUUUAAACAUCUUCAAAAUGUUUAAAAAUAGAAAUAAACAUUAAAUUGUAUAGCUGAAGGUAUUUAUUUGUAAUGCUAGUCUCUUAUGAAAACAAAAUACUAAUUAUUCAAUUAUUAUAAUGUACUUAUUGAUUAUUGAUAAAUACUUCAAGUUUAUUAAACAAGAUAUAGUCUACGGUGUAACGAAUUGAUUUUGGAAUUUUUUCUCUAUGAGCAAUAGCGACGCGCGCGCACCGUCGCGCGGCUGCGUGCACUGCGCUUUACGGACGGCAUGACACUUCCCGGACGCUCCAGACGUGUCUCGGACGUGCGAGAUGUGUCUCGGACGUACGCGACCUGUCUCGGACGUACGCGACCUGUCCCGUACGCACAGUUAGCUGCAGAGUAAUUUGCAUUACACAUUCCUGUUGUAUGUCCAACCUUAUUCGCUUGUAAUAAAGUUCUACGUCUGACAAACGUGUAUACAUUCCUGUGCAGCUGAUUGUACGCGACCUGUCUCGGACGUACGCGUACUGUCGAUCGCACGCGACUUGCCUUGUUGACGCGUAGUCGUGAACGUGCGUAGCGUGCCUCGUACGGUUGAGGCGCGUUACGUGCGUUCACGACGCGUUUCGUGCACGAGACUCGCACGCACGCAGUUGCCCGCACGGCGCGCCCGCCCCGACAUAGGCGACGUAGGAUCGCAGCAGUGGCAUUUUCAACUUAUAACGUAAGACAUGUACUUUAUCGACUAGUGACGAGUUGAAACGAGAGUCGCACCCGAGCGGCGGACCGCUCGCCGCCCACUUGUUUUUAGUAAUAAAUUGAAUCAGAACGAUGUAGCGAUUCGGCGAUGUUCAAUUUUGUAUAGAACGUUUCAUAGUAGAGGUAUUGAAGUUGUUACGUUUUAUUUGUGAGGCUGGGGCCAGCGCCGGCCAGGCCUGGCGACCGCUAUUAAAACUAUUAAACAAUCUUGUAAGUAAUUAAGUAUUAGCUUCGAAUCAAUAAAGCCUUUUUAAAAAAUUAGUUAAAAAAUGAAACUAUUGAAACUUCACAUGUUUAAAUAAAUAAUAAUUAGUUAUGAUUUCAGUGAAUAGAGAGGUCAUGGUAUCGUUUUGUGUAUAUUACUAUUUCGUUGAUAUUCGUUACGAGUUCCCCGAUGAAAGACAUAAAUUAGGAGUCUACUGUACGAAGCUGCGCAGGCGGCACCUAACAUUGUUUUGACACGACAGUCUGCCACUAACCAUUUUAGGUGAUAAGUCCCAUUGUUGUAUUUUUCGUCUCACAAUAAAUGAAAAUCUAUUUUAUUGUUUUUAAAA